AGGCCCUGAGGGGCAGGGAGAGAGAAAGAAAAGAUAACGAAUGAGAGAUAGGGAGGGGGUGUGGAGAGAGAAAGAAGAAAAAGCUAAGUGUGAAAACUGUCAGUGUGAGAGAGGAUAGGGAGAGAGAAACUGAGAGUGAGAGUGAAACUGAAUGUGAGAGAGAUUGAUAGAGAUGUAGAUGGAGGGAGAGAGAGGAUGGAAGGGGAGAGAGGGAGGGAGGGAGGCAGGCAUAAGGUCUAAGUUAAGGAACAGGAGUUGACUGUUGGGCAUUAACUCCACUACCCUGUCCAAUCCCCAUAUCUCUCAACACCUAACAUCUGCUCCUCUCCUUAAAUAUGUCCACUACUGUGGCAUCUGUAAUCCUCUGGGGUAGACAACUCAAAAUAGGCAAUCCUGUGAGUGAGGAAAUUUUGCCUCCCUUGUUCUGAGACAGUGCACCUCUUUUGUGUUGGAUUUCCUAACUGGGGGAGCAAAACCUUGUAAUGUCUGUCAAUUUCUAGCCAUCUUGUAUGUUUCAAUGAGAUCAUAUUCUUCUAGAAAAUAUUGGCCCAAUUUACUCAGCUUCUGUUCAUUCCUAUUGUGAGACAACCCCCUCAUUCAAGAACUCUGUCUAAUGGAUAUUUAUUGCACUCCAACAAGAUAAAGUAUGACCUUCCUCAGUUUAAGGGAUAUGAUGACCAUGCUGAGGCUCUCGGUUAUUUUUCCAGUAGGAGUAUUGCUUGUGAGGACAAUGGCGUGGACCUCCUCUGGAAGCUCGCAUUCAUAUCUAAUCCAGAAUCUUAAAAAAAAUGGCGUGAUUCGCUCACAGCGAGUGUUUGAUGCUAUGAUGGCUACAGACCGGGGACUGUAUUGCAGAACUAAUCCGUACGCGGAUUCUCCACAGUCUAUUGGUUAUCAGGCCACCAUUAGUGCACCUCACAUGCACGCACAUGCACUGGAAUGUCUGAAGAAUCAUCUGCAAGAAGGGGCUCGAGCACUGGAUGUGGGCUCUGGAAGUGGCUACCUGACUGUCUGCAUGGCUAGAAUGAUGGGAGCCACAGGGGUAGUGGUUGGAAUCGACCACAUCCCAGAACUAGUGGAACAAUCCGUUCGCAACGUGGAGUCAGAUAAUGCCACGUUGCUCAGCUCAGGCCGCGUCACACUGAUUGCGGGAGAUGGUCGCCGUGGUUACCCAGAAAGAGCGCCCUAUGAUGCCAUUCACGUGGGUGCAGCUGCGGCUGUAGUUCCUCAGGACUUGCUGCAUCAGCUGAAGCCUGGUGGUCGUAUGGUUGUUCCAGUUGGUGCAAGUGGGGGAAGUCAGUCAUUACAGCAGUUUGACAAAAAAGCAGAUGGAACCAUUCUCCGCACCACAUUGAUGGGAGUGAUAUAUGUGCCCCUGACGGAUCGGGACAGGCAGCUAGGAGGGAGUGACCUGUGAAGGAGGGAGGCAGAUUCUUACCAACACCCUGAGAAGGAGCUGACUCUGUGACUGACCUACAUUGUGUUUUGAUCUCAGUAUCACUUUCGCUCGAUGGAAAUCAGUGCUGAGCCUUAGGUUUGGAUGGUGGGGUGUGGGGCUACACUUGGAUAUCAGUGAACUGGUUUGAAUGCGCGUGGUCAGUAUCAAUUACAUGAUUGUAGAACAGCCCACAGCGUGUCUCUGCGGUGAAGACAGAAUCUACAAUAAAAUUUCUCCUUGGCUCAUGA